UCAGCCCUGUGCUGGCUGAAGUGAGAGGGGCAAGGGUACAGGCAGUGCUGGAUCAAGUCUUGCUGCCCCAGCCCCAGCAUGAGUCCAUCUACAAAGAAGAGGCCCAAGAAUAGACUGGUUUCCAAGACGAAAGAUGAGAAACCGCAGGAUGACAAGAUAAAUCAGCCUGUCAACGAACUAAUUGGGCGGAACCGACUUAAAAUGGUAUUAAAAAACUUGUCCCUCUUGAAGUUACUCAGGAGCUCAAAUAGCCGGAUCCAAAAACUGCAUACCCUGGCCAGAAGGUGCUGGAAUUCAAUGCUCAAAGUUCCAAAGAUCCUCCAAAUCUCCUCUGGGGACAACGGUGUCUGCAAGAAAGUAAAACAAAAUAAUGAAGAGCUCCAAGAAGUUAUGGCCCUUGAGAAGAAACCGGAAUCUAAGAAAGCAGAGGUCAUGGGGAAACCUAAGACAAAAGUGUCCAGCAAGUGGAAGCCUACAGAAGGGCCAAAGAGGUCACCUGCAGCAGUGCGACGGAGAAAAGAGAAAGCAAAGUCUAGAGUCCCCAAGGUACCACAGAGUGUUGGCUUGCAUACCAGAGCCCAGAAGAGGAAACCACGUGUUAAGAAGCCCCGAGCUGUCUUCCUCAAGACCUACCAUCACAGAAUUCCCAUGAUGGACAGGAAGCCACUGGAUGUAACUGACCAAUUUGUCUGGUUUGAGGGGCUUCCCACACGCAUCCGCCCCCCAGGGCGCCGUAUCAUGUGCAGAGCAUCUACCCUACGCUGCACCAAGCGUCCCUGUACCCGUUUCUGCUCUGUGUCACUUUGAGCUGCCUAUGUACCAUCCACCUGAGGUGGUGUAACCCUGGAUGGGAACUUGAAUGUAAGAAGAGUAGAGAUCCUGUGAUUGACUGAAUGGGAGGGAUGGGAGGGAAUUCCACAAGUCUACAAAUAAAAUCUC